CCCCCUGUCCCCCCCAGCUCCCCCUGUCUCUCAGCGGGGCUCCUGCUCUCAGAGCCCACCCCCAGGCGCAGGGCAGGGGUCCCAGCAGAGGCACUUAAAUGUCUCAGACCUUAAAAAUGGGCCUGAGGGGCCCCGGGAUGAACAGGGGAAACCUCACCCCAAAAUCUAGUCCAACCCAACGAUGGACCUCCUCCAGGAAGGAGCUGUUGACUUGCAGUCGUGCUGACGGUAGCCGUAUUUCCACAGCACUGUGUGCUGGGAUCUGCCCUUACAUGCUCUCUCUGAGAAUGUGUCCAGGCAUGUAGCUCGCACUGCUGGCGCUGCGCUGUUGUUGAGUCCCACCCAGCCUGGCUUCAAAACCCAGCAGGUUUAAAAGGCUUAGCAGGCAGAGUGCAGGCUCAGUGCUGAAGGGCUCCUGCGCGUUUCUGUGGUCCAGAAGGGACAGCUAGAAUGUGUGGCACCGUGGCCAUGGAGAAGCGCGCCCUGAACCCGCUGGGGAACGCCGGCGCCGCCGUGUGCCGGAGCCUGUUCGGGCCGGUGGACCGCGAGGAGCUGCAGGCAGAGUACCGCGCCCUCCUGCGCCGGGACCUGGAGGCCUCGGCGCGCCGCUGGGGCUUCGACUUCCUGAACGAGCGGCCGCUGGCGGGCGGGGACUUCGAGUGGGAGGGCGUGCCCGGCGCCAAGGUGCCCGCGCUGUACCGCACCUGCAUGGUGGGCCAGCAGCGGGGGGCGCCGCAGGGCGAGCAGGGCGGCAAGGAGAACGAGGCCCGCACCCCGGAGCGGACGGCGAAGCCCCGGUGUCCGGAGAGCACGCCUGAGAAGAGCCCCGCCCAGACGCUGAAGAGGAAGCAGACCAACAUCACAGAUUUCUACCAGGCCAAGCGGCGGCUGGUGGCCACGCCGCGGAAGUCCGGGCAGUGAAGGGGCAGUCGGCACGCAGGGACUUCCUCACACGGACUGCUGUUUAAAUAUGACAGAGGUGUGCGUAUCUGACACUCAAAGCUGCUUGAUCACCAUUGUCUUCUCUUCCUCCUCCUCCUCCUCCUCGUUUGUGGCUUUGUUCCACCUGGGCCCCCGUCUCGCCCUCCUCUUUCUGAGGCGAGAGCUGGAAGCCUGGUGGCAGCAGAUCUCUCCCGGAUGGACAGUGCCGGGAUUCCCUGGAAGUGCAGUGCUGACAGCAGGAUCAUCCAGAGUCUCUGAACCCUCUGCCCAGCACUGCCUUCCCCCUCGGGCUGGGAAGAAGGACAUUGAAAUGUUACUACUGAGCAAUCUGCCUUGGUAACCGAGCCAUUUUGUGUAGAGUAAUGAAUUAAUCCACGCAGAUUCAGGUCCUGUUUAGAGUAAGGAGUUAAUCUGCGCAGAUGCGGGUCCCGUUUAGAGUAAGGAGUUAAUCUGCGCAGAUGCGGGUCCCAUUUAUAGUAAGGAGUUAAUCUGCGCAGAUGCGGGUCCUGUUUAGAGUAAGGAGUUAAUCUGCGCAGAUGCGGGUCCCAUUUAGAGUAAGGAGUUAAUCUGCGCAGAUGCGGGUCCUGUUUAGAGUAAGGAGUUAAUCUGCGCAGGUGCGGGUCCUGUUUAGAGUAAGGAGUUAAUCUGCGCAGAUGCGGGUCCUGUUUAGAGUAAGGAGUUAAUCUGCGCAGAUGCAGGACCCCUUUGAUGUUUCUGCUGACGUCCACUGCAAACGUUUCUUCGGUCUGUGGGCUUCCUGUGAUUCUCGUUGGCUCUGUGUGCGUGUUGGUACCAGGCACUGCAGCUACAGGUUCUGAAAUUGCGUGGGUUUGAGAAACGCGAGGGUCUGCGCUGCAGUUUGUCUCGUCCUGGAGCAGAAAGGGCAGCACACGUCAACGCGUCGUCUCAGGCGCUCAGCCCCGGCCUUGAUCAGCCGCCGACGCGGUGGGGAGCGGCUCUCGGGAAGCCAGAUGUGCGUGAAAACUUCGAUUGGAAGAUGGGAGGAAGAGGAGGGAUGGGCGAGCGCUGGAGAUUCAAUAAGCUCUUAUUUGGUAUCAAUUGAGCAGAAUCGGAAUAUAUUAUAGCCUUGCCUGUAUGCACAGCAGCUAAAGUAACGAUUGUGCAAAUAGUAUUGUGGACUUUCUGUCGAGUAUUUGCUUGUAAUUGUGGUAUGUUAGUGCUCUGUAUGUCUGUAGCAGUACUGUAACUCUAAAUCGGGGAUUCCCAGCUCCAGAUGAGAGGGAGCAUGAAUCCUGCAACUGUUUUAGUUCUUUAAAUCGUCUUCUGCUGGUGAAGCAUUGCAAUACAGUACACUAGAAUUCAUUGUAAGGACAGUGUGAGCAGAGGUGAUGGACAAAGAGGUUAUGUUUAUAUCCUCUUUAACUCCAGAUGCUGUAGAUUAUGAUACCAUUAGAAAGUGGUUUUCUGUUUUGGAGAGCUGGCAUGUAAUUAGACUGCUGGGUUCCCUGUGCCCUCAGUCUGCUGCAGUGCAGUACCCCAGUCUUCCUGGAGGGGAGGGGUGUUUCAGAGGGGUCCUUCACAUGGUGAACCAGGAGGUCCCUCGGGCCUUUCCUGUGAUUCACUGGGCCUGUAGACCGUCUGCCCUCAUGGUUCCAGCAGGGGAGGGUUAGGAUCGACAUGCCAGUGCUGGUCUGGCACGGCUUCUGCUGUUCCAGAGCAGGCUCUCGGUUCACUCUGAGCUGAGGGCGUCUCAGUCGGGUGGGGUUCACAGGGAGCCCCGAAUAAUCGCACUGCUUAAGUAGCUAAACUGAUCUCUGAAUCCAGUCAGGGCUCACCCGUGAUGGAGACCAGUAGACCCCUACUGGAGCAAGGGUUCAGAUCCCACCUCUCCUGGGACCUUGCAUUCACAGACCUGGUACAGUGCUGCCUUCUACAGUCAGCAUCCCCUUAUUGCACUAGUAGCUGUUUGUUCUGUAAUAUUGUUUUAAAUUAUGAUGUACAAAAUUCUUAAGAGGGCUUGAAGAUUAACAAAAAAGAAAUGUUAAGAUAUAAAAUUUAUUUAUUGUAAAAUGUGGUUAUUUUAUGUUAUGUG